AUGUCUAUAAAUAGUACAGCUACACCUGGUGAAGCUGUCAUUGAGGUUCUACCAUGGAACAAUCCUAGUAACAUACUGAGCAUUCAAGACUAUCAAGGCACGGUGUAUUAUUAUAAUGUGGUCAUGAAACCCGUUGUGGUGGUUGCUGGUGUAGCCACCAACAUCGUCAACUGUCUGGUGUUCAGACGACAAGGACUCAAGGACCGCAUGAACCUCUGUCUCUUUGUCCUGGCGCUGAUAGACAUUGUCUACCUUCUGUACUGCAUGAUAUUCACUGUCACCUACUGGAUGAAGAUACUGGACCCGGUGCUGGGCGAGGAGUUCUAUCAGAUAACAUUUUGUUAUGCUGGGGGCGUGUGUUCCGGUCUGAGAGAGACGUCCACGAGUGUCAGUGUACUGAUUGCUGUCGAGCGCUGUGUGUGUGUGGUCUUCCCACUGAGGGCCAACUCCUUCAUGACCACCAGAACCAUGGGCAUCCUGCUGGCUGCUAUUGUGGUGGGCAUGCAGCUGGCUUUCAUCAUGACACCGUUGAAGAGAUUCGUGUUCCCGGUGUACGACAACACCACGGGGAUGACGAUGUGGAAGGUGGCUCGCUCGGCCACAUGGCAGGACAACGAGGCUCUGCUGCUGUACGACACGGUGGAUGACACCAUCUUGCUGGUUGCAUUUCCAUUCAUCGUCUUCAUUCUCGUGUCAGGUGCCACGGCCAUCACGGUGGUCAAGAUGCUUGAUGUCCUAUGGACAGUCAAAGCAGAUUGA